AUGCAUAACAAGGGCAACUUGCAGCUCAUCAUGGAUUAUGACAACAACACAGAGACUGAUGAUUCGUAUUUGUUCCCUGCACCUCUCCUCACAGGUGUCACUGUGACUUGUUUGCUCUUCUUCAUGAUUGGAAUUUCAGGAAACAUGACGACGAUGCUGGUGGUCUUCAAGUUCCGGGAUAUGAGGACAACCACCAACUUGUACCUCUCCAGCAUGGCUUUCUCAGAUUUCUUGAUCUUCCUUUGCAUGCCCCUAGACCUCUUCCGCCUCUGGCAGUAUCGGCCCUGGAAUUUUGGGGAUCUUCUCUGCAAGCUCUUCCAAUUUGUUAGCGAGUGUUGUACAUACUCAACCAUACUCAGCAUCACAGCCCUGAGCGCGGAGAGAUAUUUUGCUGUCUGCUUUCCACUCAGAGCCAAGGCGGUGAUCACCAAGAGCAAAGUCAAGCUCCUUAUCCUUGUGCUCUGGGUGAUAUCUUUUGUCAGUGCUGGGCCCAUCUUCGUUCUGGUUGGAGUUGAGCACGAGAAUGGGACAAAUCCUUUGGAUACCAAUGAAUGUCGUAUCACAGAGUAUGCCAUUCAUUCAGGGUUGCUGACCAUUAUGGUUUGGACCUCUAGCAUCUUCUUUUUCCUGCCGGUUUUUUGCUUGACGGUUCUCUACAGCCUCAUUGUGAGAAAGCUUUGGAAGCGAAAGAAGAAAAACAUUGGGCCAAAAGCCUCCAUCAGGGACAAGUACAACAGACAAACAAUAAAAAUGCUAGCGGUGGUGGUUUUGGCUUUUGUCCUCUGCUGGCUGCCCUUCUACCUAGGACGUUAUCUCUUUUCCAAAUCCUUCGAGGUUGAAUCCCUGGAUAUUGCCGUUAUCAGCCAAUACUGCAAUGUAGUCUCCUUCGUUCUCUUCUACCUAAGUGCUGCCAUCAACCCAAUCCUGUACAACAUCAUGUCGAAGAAAUACCGAAAAGCAGCUUACAGGCUCUUUGGAAGGAAGCCACCAAGGAAGAAAAAGAUUUUGGUGAUGAAGGAGAGAAGAUGCCAGACCUGGACAGAGCCCAGAGUCAGAGCAAUGUGA